AUGUCUCUCCUCGGAAAGAAGUUUCCCGGUCUCCUGGGUAUGUUGGAAUCUGGAAACCCCUCGAGCGAUUUGAAUCGCUCGGCCUCUCCACCCGGACGCUCCAUCGGACCCUGUUUGACUAACGGUAUUCAAUUAUCAGCUGGCCCCAUGACUCCCUUCUUCGCUGCCGGUGUCAUUGUUCUCUACGGCGUCAACUCUCUGCAGAACGCUCUGUCCAACACUGCCGAGUUCAAGAACGACCCUCGCAACCCCAACGCCAAGGGUGGUAACUCCCACUAA